CUCAUACAUUGUGAGUUUAGGACGCAGGGAUCUGUGCAAAGUUGCGUUGCAGCAGAAAGGAAACUUCAACUCGAGCAGUGGCAGCUCAAAUAUUUGAGCUCUCUCGCUAUGGACUGUAUGUAUUUAUUGAUGUACUUUUUACUGUCUGUGUUGUUUUUGGAUCACAUACACGCCGCAGAAUCACACGAAAAACUGUCUGGAAAGUUAAGUGAGUAUGGCCUCAUCGUGCCAUUCAGCACAGACUCCCUGGGCCGGUACGUAUCUCACGUGGUGUCCGCCUCAAGUGGCAGCGAUGGCGGCGCCGCAGCCUCAGCUGCACCCCCUGGCAGUGGGGGGAGAAGGGUGGCCCGCAGCGCCCCCGAGACGCCCCCCUCGUCGUCUGUCACCAUCGUUGGCCACCGGUUGUUUUUCAACGUCACCGUGUUUGGGAAGGAACUGCACCUCCGCCUGAGGGCCAACAGACGCCUGGUGGCACCGGGGGCUUUCGUGGAGUGGCAGGAGGACUUUGAGCAGCUGACCAAGGAGCGGAUACACGGGGACUGCGUGUUUACCGGCGAUGUAACGGACAUGCCCGAAGCCUCGGUGGCAAUCAGCAAUUGUGAUGGACUGGCAGGUCUGAUCCGGACUGAUAACGGGGAGUUUUUCAUCGAGCCCCUGGAGAAAGGCCAGCAGAACGUGGAGAUGAAGGGGCGUGUCCACGUGGUCUACCGCAGGUCUGCCAUCAAGCGAGAGCCGGGCCAGAAAAAGGAGGACCUCCACAAUGAAGUGGCGGACUUCGGCAUCGCCGACCUGCCGGCCACCCUGGACCUGGUGGAGCAGCAGCUGACGGAGACGGAGCGCAAGCGGAGGCACACCAAGAAGAACGACUACAACAUCGAGGUGCUGCUGGCCGUGGACGACUCGGUGGUGCGCUUCCACGGCAAGGAGCACGUGCAGAACUACGUGCUGACUCUCAUGAACAUAGUGGAUGAAAUCUACCACGACGACUCUCUGGGAACCAACAUCAACAUUGUCCUUGUGCGCAUGAUCAUGGUCGGGUACCGACAGUCCAUCAGUCUGAUAGAGCGCGGUAACCCUUCGCGCAGCCUGGAGCAGGUGUGCCGCUGGGCUAACACCCAGCAGCGGCGCGACCCCGACCACGAAGAGUACCACGACCACGCCAUCUUCCUCACCAGGCAAGACUUUGGCCCCGCAGGUAUGCAAGGUUACGCGCCGGUGACCGGCAUGUGCCAUCCACUGCGCAGCUGCACCCUGAACCACGAGGACGGCUUCUCCUCAUCUUUUGUCGUCGCUCACGAAACAGGCCAUGUGCUGGGGAUGGAGCACGACGGUCAGGGCAACCGGUGUGCGGACGAGACCAGCAUGGGCAGCAUCAUGGCCCCACUGGUGCAGGCCGCCUUCCAUCGGUACCACUGGUCCCGCUGCAGCAAGCAGGAGCUGAACCGAUACAUCCAUUCUUAUGACUGCCUCCUCGACGACCCCUUUAAACAGAAGUGGCCCAAGCUCACCGAGCUCCCCGGCAUCAACUACUCCAUGGACGAGCAGUGCCGCUUUGACUUUGGCGUGGGAUACAAAAUGUGCACCGCUUUCCGCACAUACGACCCGUGCAAGCAGCUGUGGUGCAGUCACCCUGACAACCAAUACUUCUGUAAGACCAAGAAAGGCCCACCUGUGGACGGAACAGAGUGUGCGGCGGGCAAGUGGUGUUUUAAGGGCCACUGCAUCUGGAUGACCAGCCAGCAGCCCGUGGGCCACGAUGGCAGCUGGGGCUCCUGGUCCAAGUUGAGCACCUGUUCCCGGACGUGCGGGGGCGGGAUACGUUCCCGCAGCCGGCAGUGCAACAACCCUGUGCCGGCGUACGGAGGCCGAGAAUGCCCCGGCUCGACCUUCGACUACCAGAUGUGUAACACGGAGGAGUGCGCCGGACCUUACGAGGACUUCCGCGCACAACAGUGUGUCAAGAGGAGCAACAAGUACCACAACAACGUCAAGCACACCUGGCUGCCUUACGAACACCCAGACGAGGCCCAUAAGUGUGAGUUGAGCUGCCAGUCCAAGGAGACGGGGGAGGUGGUGUUUAUGAACCAGGUGAUGCACGACGGGACCCGCUGCAGCUACAAAGACCUCUUCAGUGUGUGUGCCCGCGGGGAGUGCCUGCAUGUUGCCUGUGACAAGGAAGUGGGAUCCUACAAACAGGAAGACAAGUGCGGCGUCUGCGAGGGGGACAACUCCCACUGUCGCACCGUGAAGCUGACCCUCACCAAAACGCCAAAGAAAACAGGCCUGCUGAAAAUGUUUGACAUCCCAGCGGGCGCACGGCACAUUGUGAUCGAGGAGAACGGAACAUCGCCUCAUAUAAUCGCUGUGAAGAACCAGGUCACCGGCCACUUUGUGUUGAACGCCAAGAGCGAAGAGGCCCAGUCCAAGGUGUUCAUCGAGAACGGCCUGGAGUGGGAGUACUCCCUGGACCAGGAGAAGGAGACCCUGAAGACCACCGGGCCGCUCUACGAGGCCAUCGUGGUGCUGGUCAUUCCCCAGGAGGAAGACGUGAAGAUCAGCCUGACCUACAAGUACAUCAUCCACGAGGACCUGCUGCCCGAGAUCACCAACAACAACGUGCUGCUCACGGAGCUGGACACCUACGAGUGGGCGCUGAAGAGCUGGUCUCAGUGCUCCAAGCCCUGCGGGGGAGGUAUACAGUACACCAAAUAUGGUUGCCGGGGGAAGAACAACAAUCGAUUGGUGAAUCGCAACUUCUGCGAACCCAGCAAGAAGCCCAAACCGAUCCGCAAGCGCUGCAACCUCCACGAGUGUGCCCAGCCCAUGUGGGUGGUGGAGGAGUGGACGCCAUGCAGCAAGACGUGCGGGAAGCUGGGCUACCAGUCGCGGGUGGUGCAGUGCCUGCAGUCGCUCCACAACGGCACCACCAGGCCCGUGCACGCCAAGCACUGCAGCGAGGAGCGGCCGGAGCUACGGCGCACGUGCAACAGCACGGUCUGCCCCGCCCAGUGGAGGACGGGGGCGUGGUCUCAGUGUUCGGUGACCUGCGGGGAGGGCAUCCAGCAGAGGCAGGUGGUGUGCAAGGCCAGCGACAACACCAUCAGCCACUGUGACGGGGCAAAGCCGGACACCAUCCUCAUCUGCACCCUGAACCCCUGUCCGGGUCAGUCCUCGCCUUCGCCGCUCGACUCUGCGACGGCGGUGAACUCUUCGGGGAAGGACGACAGCGUGUACCAGAGGGCUUCUGAAAACCCCGUCCACAAACUUUCCUCCAAUGAGCCGUGUCUGGGGGACAAGUCCAUCUUCUGUCAGAUGGAGGUGCUGGCGCGAUACUGCUCCAUCCCCGGCUACAACAAGCUGUGCUGCGAGUCCUGCAACAAGAAGGACGGACCCCUCACCGAGCCGAUCCCCGGGGGCCGCCAGGAGCCCUCCCGCCCCACCGCCCGGCCCCACGCCCCCCCCCCGUCCGCCGCUCCCCAGGGGCCGGUCAGCACCUCCCAGAGCCCCCCACAAACCACUAAAGCCAGCGGGCGAAGGCCUCGCUCCACCUCCCAGGGACUGACCACCACCACCGCCACCCACUUCACCGCCCACGCGAGCUCCGCCUUCACCGCCACGCCCAAUCAGGACCCCCGUGAAGCCUCCUCGUCCUACGCCGCCGCCGUGGUGGCCAAUGGCGACGUGAUCACUAAGGUGCUGCUGUCGGGGGCCAGGGAGGUAUUCCGGCUGCAGGCGGUGAUGGAUGCCAGUGUGGAGGAGCUCUACGACAUCCUGUCUGUGCGGGUUGAGGAGGCGCACCGAUGGAACAAUAGCAUUCAACACGUCAAGGUGACAGCGGAGGAGGCCUACGACCACAGCUCAAAACAGAAGCCGGUAUAA